UCAGACAAACUUCAAGGCUUGGAGUUCCCAGGACUGUCUAGCGAAGUCCCGAGUUCCUGGCGUAGAGGAAAGAAAGGUUCAACUUGGAUCCUUGAAUGUGUGAAUCGCGUGUUAGGGCAAGCGGCUUCUAACGAACUUCCAACGAGCGUUGUUCGGAUCGAGUAACUGGGACUGCUUGUCAGCAGACACGCUUAAAAACAACAGCGGCUGAGCGUUCUACGCGAGUAGUAGGAACUACUCUAGGACCAUACUGAAUUUGUGUAGUUACUGCUUCACAGCAAAUAGUCACUGCUCUGACAGCAGUGUUGCCAGUUUACUUGCAUCAGAUACUCAGUUGCUUUGCACAGUCGGGACAUACGCCGCACCAGCGUUGCUCAAUUUGCUUACCAGCUGCGCUGUUGGUUAAACGAGUUUCUUUGCUAAGUGCGGAUCCGGAGAUGGUGCAGAAAAGGCAGCGAGCGGAGGGCCAGCCGAGCACACGCAAGUCGCCUCGCUUCGCUGCUGCCGCGGAUGAUUAUGUGAACGAGGAUGAGAAGCCCACGGUUAAGAAUAAGAGCGGCUCUGCGAAAGAGGAUGAGAAGCCGACGGGUCGACUCAAAAGCACGCGUAAGGCACCUCGCGUCGCUGCUGCUGGGGAUGACAAAGUGAAAGAGGUUGAAGAGCCGACGGCUAAAAAUAAGAGCGAAUCUGCGAAAGGGGAUGACAAUCCGACGGCUAAGAAUAAGAGCGACUUUGCGAAAGAGGGUCAAGAGCCGUCGGCUUCGAAUAAGAGCAAGGAAUCAACGGCUGGAGAUGACGCGAAUCCGAAAGAUCUCUACGCGGUGCUCGGAGUGAAUCGCGACGCGACGCACGCGGAGAUUCGCAAGGCGUAUCACCGCAUGGCGCUUCGACUGCAUCCGGACAAGAACCCGGGAGAUGAGACUGCCAAGGACCGCUUCCAGGCUCUGCAACGGGUGUUUGCCGUGUUGGGGGACGCUGAGAGGCGCAAGCUGUAUGAUGCGACAGGGUGCACUGGCGAUGGGGAUGGCGAGGACGAGAGUGGUCUCUCGGGCGACACGGUUACGGACCUGUACAAGUUCUUCCGGAACGUGUACUCUGAGAUAACAGUGGAGGACAUUGAGGCAUUCGAGCGGCAGUACCGGGGGUCGGAGCAGGAGGCGAAGGAGUUGAAGGAGCUGUACCAGCGGUUCAAGGGGCGGAUGGACAUGGUGCUGGAGUGCCACAUCUGCACGCGGGACAUCGACUCACACCGCUUCAUGGGCAUACUCGAUGCUGCUAUCGAAUCAGGCGAGCUGAAGGCCACUAAAGCGUACAAGAGAUGGGCUGCAGAAGUCGCCAAGAAACCCGCGCCGAAGGAUCCCCUUGCCGUCAGCAGCAACAGCAAUGACAACCACGGGCUAAUGGCUCUGAUUCGCAACCGACAGACGCGGGCUCGAGAGAAUGAUGAAUUCUUCGAGUCACUUGCAGCCAAAUACGGGGGGAAGGGAGGACGGGGGAAGGGGGCGAGGGGAAGAGGGGAGGGGGGAAAGGAGGGCGGGGAGGUGGGAAUUGUGUCUGGGAAGGGGAAGGGGAAUGGAAAACGGAAAGAGGAGUGGAAGGAGCCUACGGAGGAGGAGUUUCAAGCGGCACGGGCACGCGUUCUGAAGAAAAACGCCCAGUGAAAUGGGCCUCGGUGCCCGGCACGAGGGUUCCUUUCAGUUGACUUCAAAGCUGACUCUAACUCAAGGGAAAGGAGCUGACCGAACAAGAGAGUGAGUUUCAACUUUCAAGCAGCAUGGGUGAGCUGGACAGACCUUUUGAAAGCGCGGUGAAUUGUGUCAGAAUGGACCUUGUUUUGAGGCGCCUAAAAAAUUGCGACAGAAUGGACCUUGAGGUGGCGAGUGGUGUACUCUUGGCUUCUGAUUAGUGGUGGUGAAGUGCACCUUGCGAGCUGGAUAGGUUGAUGUGAGUUUACAGCUAGAUUUUGUGACCAAAAGUCAGCUGAAUAGAUUGAUGUCAACAUGCAUCUGCUGAAUGUUUUUGUUGCAAGAAAUUGCAGUGUACAGU